UAUGACCGUGGGUGCCUAGAACACUGAAUAAUCUCUAUUUGCCUAUAUAAAACGCGUCGUUAGGUUUAGAUGUUGUGGAAACCCUAGGCAUUACUGAAGGAAACCAAAGCGUCAACCUUUCCUUUGCACAGAGAAGCGUCUGCAUUUCCUCUAAAACAAUGUCGGUUGGAGAGCUCGCUUGCACUUACGCUUGUUUGGCCCUUCACGAUGAUAACAUUCCCAUCACCCCAGAGAAGAUUGCUGCCAUGGUGAAGGCUGCAAACGUGACCAUUGAAUCAUACUGGCCUAGUCUGUUUGCUAAGCUUGUGGAGAAGAAGAACAUUGAGGAUCUCAUCAUGAACGUUGGUUCUGGCGGUGGCGCUGCUGCUCCGGUUGCCGUGGUUGCAUCCGCUGCCCCUGCUGCACCUGCUGCUGAGGAGGAGAAGGAAGAGGCAAAGGAAGAGAGUGAUGAGGAAGGCUUGGGAUUCAGCUUAUUUGAUGAUUAGGAGCUCCUUUCAUCAUGGAUUAUGUUUUUAAUUAGUAAAUUUAGAUAGAACACGUGAUACUGUUUCGCCUGGUACAUGUUUCCUUCAGUUGUUUGAUGCUACAGUUUUAGAUGAGUCUAGGCGCUUUACUAAUGGUUUGUGGUUACUUUUGAUAGAUUUGAUUUGGUUUUAUCGGAUGGUUGUUAGCUUGUUUGUUCAAGCAA